AUGGACACCCUAUCUAUCUAUCUAUCUAUCUAUCUAUCUAUCUAUCUAUCUAUCUAUCUAUCUAUCUAUCUAUCUACUCAUAUCUAUCUAUCUAUUUCGGCCUCUUCAUUAUCUAUCUAUCUAUCUAUUUCGGCCUCUUCAUUAUCUAUCUAUCUAUCUAUCUAUUUCGGCCUCUUCAUUAUCUAUCUAUCUAUCUAUCUAUCUAUCUAUCUAUCUAUCUAUCUCGGCCUCUUCAUUAUCUUUCUAUCUAUGUUCAUUAUGUAUCUACUAUCUAUUUCAGUAUAUUAUCUAUCUAUCCAUUUCUUUCAGUCGAGCAAUUCAUAUGUUGAUGACCCUUGUGGUCCUUGCCGUUCUUUUGUUGUGUCUGGAGCCAAUGUGGACCCGGUUAAUGUGACCAACAAUAUUCAAAGACCACGUCAAAUCAUCCAAGACUGUACUUUGGCUGCCAACACAGAAUGCACUCGAAACUACCCCUAUCGUACGGCCGAUGGGACAUGUAAUAACCUGCGUACGCCAUUACUCGGAAGUUCUAACACUCCCCUGGGCCGUUACCUCCCCGCUGAAUAUAGCGAUGGCAUCGAUCUUCCCCGUGUCAAUGGAAUUAGUGGAACCCCACUGCCAGGCGCACGUCUCAUCAGUACGACAUUACAUGGCCUCAGUACACCGGAAGAUCGCGAUGACGGGCUUACUCACUUGACUCCUAUAUUUGGACUUUUCCUCAGCACAGAUGUGGCAAAUUUCCCAACAUUCCCAACAGAAGUGCCAUUUGUUACCCAAUUGAGAUUCCUGAAGACGAUGCUUACUUCUCGCAAUAUGAAAAAAGAUGUAUGCCUUACGUUCGUUCAUUGGCGGCUCCAUUACUCAACUGCGGGCUCGGGCUGUUGGCCUCUCUCUCUCUCUCUCUCUCUCUCUCUCUCUCAUAUAUUAGAAUUAUGA